GAAAGCGAGAGCUCACGAAAGCGAGGCGAGGAGGAAUCCCACAAUACCAGGCGGGUUGCGAGCCAGGCGCUGCCGCUGUCUCUUUAAUGCAAGAGGAAGCGAUGCGGAGGGGUGGAAAAUGGCAGAGUUGCAGAUGUUGCUAGAGGAGGAAAUCCCUUCUGGCAAGCGGGCUCUGCUCGAGAGCUACCAGAACCUCACUCGAGUCGCCGACUACUGCGAAAACAACUACAUUCAGGCUCCAGAUAAAAGGAAAGCAUUAGAAGAGACCAAAGCCUACACAACUCAAUCUCUAGCCAGCGUUGCGUAUCAAAUCAAUGCACUGGCCAACAAUGUGUUACAACUGCUGGACAUCCAAGCAUCCCAGCUACGGAGGAUGGAGUCCUCCAUCAACCAUAUCUCCCAGACUGUGGACAUCCACAAAGAGAAGGUGGCUCGCAGAGAGAUAGGCAUUCUGACCACCAACAAGAACACGUCGAGAACCCACAAAAUCAUCGCGCCGGCGAACAUGGAGCGCCCUGUAAGGUACAUUCGAAAGCCUAUAGACUACACGGUGCUGGAUGAUGUUGGCCACGGCGUAAAGUGGCUAAAAGCCAAGCAUGGAAAUAACCAGCCUGCAAGAACUGGCACCUUGUCAAGAACAAAUCCGCCUACACAAAAACCACCAAGUCCUCCCAUGUCAGGCCGGGGAACUCUGGGGCGAAAUACUCCUUACAAAACCCUCGAGCCAGUCAAACCACCAACAGUCCCCAAUGAUUACAUGACCAGUCCUGCCAGACUGGGCAGCCAGCACAGUCCAGGAAGGACAGCUUCCUUGAACCAGAGACCAAGAACACACAGCGGCAGUAGCGGCGGAAGCGGCAGUCGAGAGAACAGUGGCAGCAGCAGUAUUGGCAUUCCCAUCGCCGUGCCUACGCCUUCACCGCCAACCAUCGGACCAGCACACAUUUCUGUUCCUCCUCCUCCUGGAGCCCCGCCAGCACCACCACUGCCACCACCUCUCCCGAUGGGCAGUCUGAUAGCUGCUCCAGGCUCAGCUCCUGUUUCCCAGUAUGGCACAAUGACCAGGCAAAUCUCGCGACACAACUCUACCACUUCUUCAGCAUCUUCUGGUGGAUACAGACGGAACCCUUCUGUGACUGCCCCAUUUUCUGCUCAACCUCAUGUUAAUGGCGGGCCUCUUUAUUCUCAAAAUUCAAUUUCUAUUGCUCCACCCCCUCCCCCUAUGCCUCAGUUGACUCCACAGAUACCUCUCACAGGCUUCGUGGCCAGGGUGCAGGAAAACAUUGCUGAUAGCCCGACUCCUCCCCCACCACCGCCUCCCGACGAGAUGCCAAUGUUUGAUGACUCUCCUCCUCCUCCACCCCCACCCCCCGUGGAUUACGAGGAUGAGGAGGCUGCUGUUGUGCAGUACAGCGAUCCCUAUGCAGAUGGAGAUCCUGCCUGGGCACCUAAAAACUACAUAGAGAAAGUGGUUGCCAUCUACGACUACACGAAGGACAAGGACGACGAGCUGUCCUUCAUGGAGGGCGCCAUCAUCUACGUCAUCAAGAAGAACGACGACGGCUGGUAUGAAGGAGUCUGCAACCGAGUCACCGGCUUGUUUCCCGGCAACUACGUGGAGUCAAUCAUGCACUAUGCUGAUUAAACCCUUCUGCUUUCCAGCGUCAGGUCUUGCAUUCAGUCCUACCACGGUUCUGUACGAGGGGCAACUAAAAGCUAACAGAAUUGUCCUAACAGCCUUUGCCAGCGAGCCUGCCCCUUCCCUGAACUGAUGGGACUGCAUGUCCACCUCCGAGUCUCUGGGGACCAGGACCUCUGACCUGAUGGCAAUUUGUAAAACAAGCAACUGUCUAUAACUGGUUAUACUUAUUUACUUCUGCAUUGUUAAUUUUAUGACCAGCCCUAAAAAUAUUCUUGGGGGGGGGGGAGGGGGAGUAGGGUAUAAUAUUUAAUGAACCAUGAUCAGAUUGUGCCAUUACAUUUUUCCAGUGCAGCAUGGUAAACUAACACUACGUUAGACUAACACAUUAAAAUCUGGAUGAGAUGUUUUUAAUGUUAGUGCUGGUCAUAAUUCCUUUUCUUUCUAUUUUCCUUUUUGUUUUUUUGGGGGUGGGGUGGUGUUUUGUUUUGUUUUAGACUCUUUUUGCUCAUUCUUGAACUCUUUUAUUUGUUUAAAAGCAUGCAUACAGACUUACGUAUUGAAAUAUACUUUUUGGUUUGUUUUGUUUUCAUUUUAAAAUCCAAGAUGCUUCCAAAUUGUUGUAAUCUUUACCUGGAGUAUUCUCACUAAAGUCUAUUACAAUGAGUUGUUUGGGGGUCUAAAGGUGUCCAUGUGAAUCAAAAAGAAGGAAAAAAAAACAACAAAACAACAAAAAAAAAGGGUGGUCUUCUGUAUGUGUAAUUUGUACCCGAGUUUUUUUAAUGAGUAAAUUUACAUUAUGACUUUUUUUCCAUUCAUAAAUAUAUAAGUGAACCAAA